AUAGGCAGAGAGGGAGGGGUACGGUCUCAUUGAUACGCUACUCCACAACAGGACAACAACUGCAGCGCCUGCACCUGACACGGCAGAGUCUGAACACCCUCAAGCCCAGCGUUGUCACGUAGGCCUACCUCAAGAACAUCGCCACGAUGCUUUCUCUCAGGACUGUCCUUUUCCUCGGCUGUGCCGCCCUGGCCAUGGCAAAUCCUGUUUUCUUCGAGAUUCGUCAACCGCAACGGGAAGAGUUUCAAGAGGAACAACAGCUGAAAAGCAGACCCUACCCAAUGAACCAGGUCGCCCCACAGCAAGCCUCCCCGUCCUACGACUACGGAGGUGGUGACGCCGGCGGUGGUACCGAAACCGAUUCCGAGUCUGGCGAGGUGGACGCCGGGGCUGGCGGCUCGCUGGCCGGCGGUGCGACGGAAGCCGACGCGGCAGACAACGAGGCCGCCGAGAAGCGGCGGAAGCUGCGGAGGCCGCAGACGCAGAGAACGACAUCCCAGACGCCGUGGUAGCAGGGGGAGCGUUGGACGCCGCCGAGCCAAACAGCUUAGAGGGUGGACCACCGGGCCAGGUCAAAAACAGCGAAAAGUCCUACGCCGGUCAGAAAGCUGGUAUAGCUGUCGGAGUUGUGGCCAUGGUGGGUCUUGCCGCUGGUAUUGGUUACUUUAUCUACAGGAAAAGGAGGGAAGCCGCUUAUGGUGCACGAUUUUGAAGAUUUUAAUAGAAAAGUACAUCUCUUUUUUUAAAAAGUCUUCAUACUAAACAGCAACGUCUGAUUGCUUUGUUUUUCAUUAGCGUCUUGAGACCAGUAUACUGAUUUGACUGCAAUAGUCAAACCCGUCAUGUUUCUGCUACAGGAAAAACAUUUUGUUUAAUCUCUGUGUCUGCUUUGUGUAGGUUUGGGUACUGGUCUUUUUACGAUGGUAGAAAAAGUGUGUAACUGUCACACGGGUCCAUGUUUUCCUCAUGUCAUUUGUUAUUGGUAGCGUGAAUGGUGUGAGGACAAGCUGCUGGUCAGAAUCAUUAUAUCAAAAGCAUCCCCCAUUAUUCAUUGGAAUUUUUUAUUGUACUGAGAGUUCAUCAACAAAUCCAGGCAACCAAACCAAUACCCUCUAAGGAAAUAAACAACCGGCAUGAGUGGAUUUGUUCAAAAUGCGAGGCGAUACUUUUAAGAACAUGCAGAGUCAAUAUCCAGUAUGGUCGACGUUCAAAGUUAUAACUAGUAUGCCUCGUAAUUUGUUGACCAUCUUUUCAGGAGAGUUGCGGAGAACAUGACGUAUCUAAAAACACGCCCUUAAUCAAAUAUCCCUUUAAAGACAGGGCAAUCUUCAAAAAAAAUUAUUCGAAAUCUGAGAUGUAACAAUAGAACUUGUAUCUCACAAAUAUUUUAUUAUUAUUUCAGUGUUUUUUGUAAUUGAACUGCGUGUAAAAUAUUGUUGAACUUGUAAAAAGACUUUGAUAUUGUGUCAGACAUUAAUUUGUACAUAAUUGUGGUGCUGUUUCGCAUUGUCACGCGACAGCUUGAAAAUAAAACAGAGGGCAGUGUGGCCUCGAACAAAACAAUUCUGAAAUAAUAUAGAAAUUAGUUUAGAUCCACCGCAAACUCAGUAGAAUAGGCUCAAUAAAGGACUACGGCAUGACAGCUAUGCUACCUGUUGCUUAUGCUAACAAAAAAUAAGUGGAAUGCUUUCUCGUUCUGCACUUUCGGUCCAUGCGUUUCUUUGACAGCUUGUUCCCCUUACACAGGAAGUUGCCCGACAGACAAGAAAGGUUGAAUGAAAACAAAGUUACUUGAGCACCUUGUCUACAUAUCACUGUAAAACCAACCAUUUACUAUAAUCUUUCCGUUCCAAUGUCUUCGACAAGAUUUUUUUUUUUUUUCGCUGGCUAAAUCUUACCAUUUUUCUUCUAGUAUUUCAAAUUUUAUUCGAAUUAUUUAUUACAUUGUGACGGCUACGUUUGCUGCAGCUUGCUUUGUGGGAGGAAAGAAUUUGUGCUCUUUAGUAAACUACUGAACGAAUGCAUGGAAAAACCUUUUUGUAAUAAACGAAACAAUAAAAACAUAUAUGAAUGGUUACCGAUGUAAUUAA